AUGUCGAGGGAUGAUCAAGCUGAAGAUUACCAAAUGGUUGAAGACGGUUAUCUUAGCGAACAAUUCGUGAAAAGGUUGACGGGGGACUUUGAUCUUACUUGCGUCAUUCACAUUCAUGCUAAAAACACAGGAAUAGAGAACCUGGGUUGUGUUUACAUGUGCGAGAAUCUGGUAUCUCUAGACGUCGGUUACAACCGGGUCAAGGACCUAUCACCGCUUUUCAAACUGCAAAGUCUACAACUAUUGGAUCUAAGUAACAACAAAUUAACCUCUUUGAAGGGUCUAGAGUACAUGCCAACUCUAUCUUCCCUGAACAUCAGCGGAAAUGAACUUUCAAGUCUGGAAUCACUAAAGCUGUUGGAGACAAUUCCCAAUUUAAGGAAGCUGAUUCUGAGAGAUGGUAACAUAAGUAACCCUGUCUGCCAUCUGAACUCUUAUCCUAAUAAACUGAAAGCAUUGUUACCUGACCUUACCAUGCUGGAUUUCAGAUACUUGAAGGGGGAGCUUUCAAGCACCUUUAGGAGUCUUGACGAAAUAGACUCAUCUCUGAGAGAAGAUAAAGUUUCGAUACAAGAUAUCCCACCCAGUAGACCGGUUGUCUCCCCUUCUUUUUGGGAGGAGGAUUUCUUUGAUGACCUGGACCUGAACAUGAAAAUCAGAUAUCUGAAAGAAACUCUGAACACGGUGUACGUGGAGAAGUAUAGGAUGGAGGAGACGAUGGCGGUGCUGGAGGAAGAGGAUAAGCAGACUUUGCAGCGGUUAGCUUCUCAACUUAAGUGUUCGCCUGAACAGGACAAACCCCCCUCAUCUUAG